UGGGAACCCAUUUUAUUCAACCGUAUUUCCAUCACCUAAUAUAUUACAUGGGACCCCAGUGAAUUGCCCUUCUUUCUCCCAGAACCGCAUUUCCUGCAACCAUACCCGACCCCAAUCUUCAGAAUCCAUAUAGUCACUCGUUAUUAUGGAGAAGGACAAACGAACCUCAAAAUUGUUUGGGUCAAGGAUUUCAUCCAUUUUCAACCCUCAUACAAACCCCAAUGCCCAUGAUAUCAAGUCCUUGCCACAACUGCAGAAGGCCAGCACGAGCCUGGCCCCGAAACAGCUACCCCGAGGCCUGUUACUGCCUCAAAGACCAGCACAACCUCAGGCCACGAGUCGAGGACUUGUGCUGCCCAAACAACAUAUCAUGGGUGCUCCAGAUCCAGUGACGCCUAACCAGGCCAGAUCUCCUCGUGCAGGGGUCUCUCCCUCCCCACGGCCACUUCUGCUGACCCCGUUCAAUAAUAGAAACUCCACCACGUCCACGGGGACUCACAGCUUACAAUCCGAUGGGUCUAUGAGUGUCUUGCGUCCCAUGGCCGAGUAUCCACCUAAUCUUUUCCAUUUCGACCAGAUCGACGAAGCUGCCGUGACGGGUCGUGAGGAAAUAGUUCCACAACAAGCGGCGACACAGUCAUCGGCAUCGGGCUUGAAACGAAAUUUAACGAGAAAACCUCCACCUGAAAUGGUGGACGCAACCGGACCACAGCAGGUGGAACGUAUGGCUCUGGCUGGGAGCUUACGUACCACCCCUAUGAAUCAAACGGAUAAGGACGUUCGCAACGACCUCCAAGACAUUAUCGGUACGCUUGAAAAUGAAAUCCAUUUCCUUUCCCCUGACGCGAAUAGUCGCCCAUCUGUAAGUAGAGGGCCCUCGGAUGAGCUCACAACCACCCCAUUAAAUAUUCAAUCUCCCCAACAAGUGACGCCUUCCCCUGAGUUUAAAGACUUUUCUGAUGAGUUCUCACCAACAUCAGACCCCUUUGCUAGUGGAGAGAACUCAUCUUCAUUGCCGUCUAUAGCACAAACAGAGAAUUCAGUACCUCAUUCCAGCGCAGGUACAGUGCCAUAUCCCAUUGAUAUCUUGGACCUGGGCGGUCUGGGUCUGGAAAGUCCUGGUUACACGCCGGUGAGUCCAACUUUCCCAUUAGACAGAGGAAACCAGCUGCCACGGCUGUUUGGACAAUACGCCGCGAAUGAAGACCCAUUCCAACGGCAAUACGAAGGUAGUGGCGGUGGUGCUGCCAGCCUGCAAAUGUCCUUGGAUACCGCCAACUCGUCAACCUACUCCUUGGGGAUGCCUCUGAAGAACAACUCUGCAUUUGAAAGGAAAGUUCACCCAACAACUAGCAGUAGCAGUUCCGGAUCAAAAUUGACUCCAACCAUGAGUGCCACACACAGUUUGAACAAUCAAGGAGGGACAAUCUUUGGUGGCCCCGUGGCGGCCACAUCAUCAGCUUCUGGGUCAAGCAAUAUAUUCUCCAGUGCUGCGUCCAUGUCCAAAUCGGAUGCAUUCCCAAGAAACCCACCACAAACUACCUCGGGCUUGGGACAUCGGAAAACAGGAUCGAUUACUUCUAUCAUGAGUUCUAAUUCGUACCGUAAUGUGAGUCUUGCUGCACUCAAAAAGACUCUUAAUUUAAAACCAGGAGAAGGAGAAAGGUCAAACUAUGUGUAUACAAUCCGUAAAUCUGCAGGUACCUCCUAUAAUGACAAUCCUCCUGGGAAAUGGAAAUUACCCAUUGGGAUACUUCCAGUGGAUAAGAAUGCCAAUUACGCCAUUUCUAAUGGGAAAUAUAUGAGAUUAGGAGGAGGGAUGUCCGGUCGGUCCAAGAAAACCAGUGGAGUUGAGUUGAAGCAUGGUCAUUUGGCCCCACGGUUGCUUGCAGCAGAAGUUGACGAUACAGACUCUUCAAUCCCAGGGAUUAAUUCACGUUUGGGCCGGGCCGGAACUAAUAUGACCGGAUCCACAUUUCUGGCGGCAGCACCUCCUACUCGUCCUGAAGUCAAUUCAGGUCAUUCUAGUUUCAGUUCCACCGCCACAGGACAGGUUCCUGGAGCGGCCACUGCAACGAUAGCGUCAGUCUCUCGCAACAACUCUUUGGCUCGUACUGUCACAGAAGGGUCACUUGGAGGGGGAGUAGGAGGAGGAGGACCUGAUUCGCAAAGUAUUGUCACUGGAGGCGACUCGUCAUUGUCCGGAAGGACCAAAUCUAUAUCAUCUGGGUCGUCUGGUAGUAUAUCAGAUGCACACAUUGGGUACUAUCAACAUCCAGGAUAUAAGUAUGGUGAUGACGAGGAUGGUGUAGAUGACGAAGGUGAGGGUGAACCCACCGACCAUGAGAUGAAUAAUGAAACACCAAUACCUAAUGGAUACGGAUCUGACUAUGACGAAAGUCCAAGAUUAGUACUUGCAAACCCUGAUUACAGUGAUAGUGAAUAGGUAAAUGAUAGAUCACAAAAAGGAAUAAAUCGAUUUAAUUUAAGA